AUGCAUCUAUGGCCAUCAUUGAAACUUCGAAACUCUUUCAAGAGCUCUAGCAAGAAGAGAUUCCAAAGGGAACAAACUCAAAGCAAUCGCCAGAAACUCCUCGGAGGAGAAGGCCACCAUGAAUCUAGCCCCGAGGUCUCAUCAGGCUGUUUCGCUGUUGUUUGCAGAGAUCUUGCCAUGCUUCUCUCUUGCUGCGGAGGUAUGACCUUUGAGCAUUAUAUGCAAUCCCCCACGGCUCAUCUCAUCCGUAUUUUUGUACAUCUCAUCACUAGUGUGGAGAUCCUUGCCACUUAA